GCCCACCCCCCGGCCUCGCGCUGUCCCCGGCCUCGGGCGGGGCGGAUGCGCGGUGGCGGCGCGCUGCGAUGGCGCUGUCGGGAGAGCUGUGGGCAGAGCUGCCGGCGGAGCGGCGCAUCUUCUGCGCCGUGCUGCUCUUCUCCUGGGCCGUGUACCUCUGGGAGGCCUUCCUGGCGCACCGGCAGAGGCGGGUGUAUAGAACAACAACACAUGUACCACAGGAAUUAGGACAGAUCAUGGAUUCAGAAACAUUUGAGAAAUCUCGUCUAUAUCAACUGGACAAAAGUACUUUCAGCUUCUGGUCAGGCCUGUAUUCGGAAGUGGAGGGCACUAUGAUUCUCCUCUGUGGAGGAAUUCCUUUUCUCUGGAAUCUGUCUGGGCGGAUCUGUGGUCGUGCUGGGUUUGGACCAGAAUAUGAGAUUGUUCAGUCAUUGAUAUUCCUGCUGCUGGCAACCCUCUUCAGUGCAGUGACUGGCCUCCCAUGGAGUUUGUAUAACACGUUUGUCAUAGAAGAGAAGCAUGGUUUCAAUCAACAGACGCUGGGAUUUUUUUUUAAAGAUGCUAUCAAGAAGUUUGUCGUGACUCAGUGUAUUCUGUUGCCAGUGACUUCCCUUCUGCUUUACAUUAUUAAAAUAGGGGGAGACUACUUCUUCAUCUAUGCCUGGCUCUUCACAUUAGUUGUUUCCUUGGUGCUUGUUACGAUCUAUGCAGACUAUAUUGCACCUUUGUUUGAUAAAUUCAUUCCGCUUCCCGAGGGAGAGCUCAAGCAACAAAUUGAAACGAUGGCAAAGAGCAUUGACUUCCCCCUGACUAAGGUGUACGUGGUUGAAGGUUCUAAGCGUUCUUCUCAUAGCAAUGCUUAUUUCUACGGAUUCUUUAAGAAUAAGCGGAUAGUGCUCUUCGACACCCUCCUGGAAGAUUAUUCGGCAUUGAACAAAGAGCCAGCAGAAGGUGAAGAUGGUGAGAAUGAAGAGACAAAGCCUAAACCCAAAAACAAGAAACAAGGAUGUAAGAAUGAAGAAGUUCUGGCUGUACUUGGUCAUGAAUUGGGUCACUGGAAACUAGGUCACACUGUCAAGAAUAUUAUCAUCAGCCAGAUGAAUUCCUUCCUCUGCUUCUUCUUAUUUGCUGUGUUAAUUGGUCAAAAAGAACUCUUCACUGCGUUUGGUUUCUAUGACACUCAGCCUACCCUGAUAGGCUUGAUGAUUAUUUUCCAGUUCAUUUUUUCACCUUACAAUGAGGUCCUCUCAUUCUGUUUGACUGUAUUAAGCCGACGGUUUGAGUUUCAAGCAGAUGCAUUUGCCAAGGAACUUGGCAAGGCUAAAGACCUGUAUUCUGCUUUGAUCAAGCUAAACAAAGAUAACUUAGGAUUCCCUGUUUCUGACUGGAUCUUUUCAAUGUGGCAUUACUCCCAUCCACCCCUUUUAGAAAGACUUCAGGCCUUGAAAGAUGCAAAGCAAGAGUGACAGGAAUCGUCCUUGGUUCGGAGUCAGUGCUUCCAUCUCAGAAGCAAAGUUCAGAGCUGCUUUUUAAUUUCCUUUUAAAAAUUGAUAAUGCCAGUUCAGUGCAAUGUUAACAGCACCACAGAAACAGGUAUUAAAUUAUAAAUGACUUUUUUUUAAAAAAAAACCAGAAAUGUGGAACUUAAUUUAGAAGAAGUACUGGGUGAAGACCUUCUCCCCCCGCACUGGCUUUUAUCUCCAUAUCACAGUAUAGACUUGUAAAGGGAGGACGACAAAGUUAUAGUCUUCAAAGCACCUAUUUCUUCAGUUUGUGUAUGACUUCAACUUGCUUUUGAUCCUAUUCUCAGUGUUCUGUGAACCCUCCCAGUCUCAACCUCUUUAACAGCAAAGAGGGUUUGAGGGACUUGGUUUCUUGUAUAAUAACACUGGUAUUCGCCAAUCACUGGUUUAUGUGUUUAAAAGCUGAAUGCAAGCACAGGCCUUUCUCUGGAUUGAUGACUGUCAUAAUUGAAAAUGUCACUUAAUAAAAGCUCCUUUCUCUGAAGUGUGCGACGAAGGAUGAAGUACAGCUGAGGAAAUGUACCAUGGCUUCCUUGGAAGUAAGCACUGGUUGGUAUUGCCUAGUGUUAUGGUGGGAUUAGGCUCCUCCUUUUCUCCACUGUGCUGCUGGGGAUAUGGAAAGAUGUUAUGGAGAAUCAGAGCAGGACCUACAUCUUAACAAAAGCUGCUGAUUCUCUAUUCUCCCUUUUGCCUGUGAGCUGACUGGUUCCCAGCUUUUCCACACCUCAGUUCCUCCAUCUCUGAUGUUCUUUGCCUAAAUUGUAUAUAGGGAAGUGUCUGGUUGCUCAGGCAGCGUUAUUGAAGCCAAACUUUCAUUCAGAGGGGCUUUUCCCUCCACUCCAUGGAGGGGUUUCCAUUGGUAUGAAUCCAUCUGAGAUGGUAGUGCUGGAAUAUUUAGAAAAUAUGAGUCAUUGUUCUGAUAUAAAUAGCCCCAAACACUCUUCAUUCAUAUAGGUGAGUGAAAGGCAAAGUGAAUAAUUGCAAAAAUGCAAUUGAUUAUCUGCAUUGAUUAUCUCAAAUUUUUCUGAUAAAAGGUGGAAUUAAAUUUACUUCUCUUGAAAUAAAGAUAAAAGUUAAAUAUACGUUUGUAUGUGCCAUACAAAUGUUUUGAACCAGACUGAGCGCCCAUGCUUCGUAUAAAAUCAUAUUUUAUAUCUACAAUAAAUGAAAAAGUUCUGCUCAGCUCUGUUGAGAGAGAAGUCUUCAAAGUACAUUCUCGCUGUUUCAUUAUGCAGAGUAUUCUUGGAGACUUACCUGUUAAAAUUUGCUUUUCUGAUCAUAAGGAAAAAUGCCUUCUCAGACAAUGGACGUGAUGUCUCAGGUGCAACAAGAUACACGAUGUUGUGGGAGCCCUUUGUAUGCCUUAUUGUGUUUAUACCCUAGCGAAUACGAAGUUGAACUAUAGAUAUGGAUUUAGGAGGCAGUUGUACAAAUAUGGGGAGCCUAUAUUUGUCAUGUUAACUGCAUUCAUUAAAUGGCCCUUGAAUAAAAGGAUUAACUUGAAU